AGGAGGAGGAGGAGGAGGAGGGGGAGGAGGAGGAGGAGGAGGAGGAGGAGCAGUGGGCGCCGGGCCCCUUGGAGCCCCCUGGUGGUGCGAGGGUAGACCGGUCGUCAGCGGUCUGUUCUCACGUGGGCGCGUCUCUCUCUGGCAGGCCAUGGUGGCGUGUUACCCGGGCGACGGGACCGGGUACGUCUGCCACGUGGACAACCCCAACGGGGACGGCCGCUGCAUCACCUGCAUCUACUACCUCAACAAGGACUGGGACGUCCAGCAGCACGGUGGCCUGCUCCAGAUCUACCCUGAGGGCCACAACGUGGUGGCCAACAUCGAGCCGCUGUUCGACCGGCUGCUCAUCUUCUGGUCCGACCGCCGGAACCCCCACGAGGUCAAGCCCGCCUACGCCACUCGCUACGCCAUCACGGUGUGGUACUUCGACGCCAAGGAGAGAACGGAGGCCAAGGAGAAGCAUCGGCUCGCAACCGGACAGAAGGGCCUGCAGGUGCCUGUCACUCAAAACAGGACAUGAGCUCGACCAUUGGCCAGCCUCCUUGUGCCUCCAGGUCUGCUGGGAACCCGCCCACAAUCACGUUAAACUGUGCAAGCCCCUCCCUUUCAGCCAUCCGUCCA